UUUCACUCCACAUUAUAUUCAACGACGGAGGUAAUCAGAAAAGGUCUCGACACAUUUCAUGAAAACUAGCUUUCGAGAUCAGUUUGCAAUUGUUUGCCUUUAGGCUCGCACUCGAUAUAGCUUGCAAAACUGACUUUUUUGUUGUUCUUGGCCGUAACGAGAACCUUGUAUGAAACGUCGCGAUAUAUGUUCGAUACUCUGCUCUGUGUUUCAUUUUCUUUUCUUUUUUUGGGAAACGGAAAGAGCUUUGAAAUAAUUUUCGGUAUGAACGAUUGACGGUGCUACCGGUUACUAUACAUUCAAUUGUUUCUUUUUGUUGUUGUAUAGUUGUUGUUUUAAAAUUAUGAAUAUUCAGCGAUAUAUGCGAUAUGAGGAUGAAUUUAUGAUAUACGGUGACAUUUUAGCAUAUUAUUUUAGUGGAUAUUUUCGAGGCAUUUCUGAAUAAAAACCCGACAGCAGUUUUCAUUUUAUUGAUUUUGUUUCGGUGUUCGAUGAGUGAAUGUGGAUGACAUUUUGUUGUGAAAAUUAGAAAAUGUUGCUGGGUACACAAAAUCAAAAUCACGCCAAUCUAGCUGCCUCUAAGGGUGGUACAGAUUUUUCAAUAGCUGCCAUAAUGGCACGUGGAGCAUCGAGUCGGGAACCGUCAGAAAGGAGUUUAAGUCCAUUGUCUGUGGAUCGUUCCACAGAAGCUGAUGAUGAUCAUGAAGUUGACGUUGAACAAUGCAGUGACUCAGAAAUGCAGUCACGCACCACUGGAACCUCCCAAAAUUCGCGAACAUCGCCACUGAGUCCAUGUGAUGAUGAUCGACUGUCACCCGAACCGGUGCAGCAAAGACCGGGACUGCUCGGCUCAUGUAACUGUGAUGAAUUAAAACCUGUGCAAUGCCACUUGGAAACGAAGGAGUUAUGGGAUAAAUUUCACGAAUUAGGAACCGAAAUGAUCAUCACCAAAACUGGGAGACGGAUGUUUCCAACCGUACGCGUUUCGUUUUCCGGUCCCCUAAGACAAGCACAACCGCCUGAUCGAUAUGCUGUUCUGUUAGACAUAGUGUCAGUCGAUUGUCGACGUUAUCGGUACGCUUAUCACAGAUCAUCUUGGCUAGUUGCUGGUAAAGCUGAUCCACCGCCACCGGCAAGACUAUACGCUCAUCCAGAUUGUCCGAUCAGUUGCGAUGCAUUGCGUAAGCAAGUGGUGUCUUUUGAGAAAGUUAAACUCACCAACAACGAGAUGGAUAAACAGGGACAGAUCGUUCUAAACUCUAUGCACCGCUACCAACCACGAAUACAUUUGGUUCGACUUGGACCGGGUAAAAGCAUACCAACCACGCCGAAGGAACUGCAAGAGAGCGAACACAAAACGUUCGUGUUCAGCGAAACCGUGUUCACCGCUGUAACUGCCUACCAAAAUCAAUUAAUAACCAAGCUGAAAAUCGACUCAAACCCGUUCGCUAAAGGUUUCAGAGAUUCAUCACGAUUGACGGAUUUUGACCGAGAUCCCAUGGAUGCACUACUCUUAGAACAGCAUCUACGUGCACCAUUACGCCUUUUCCCCGAUCCCAUAAUGACACAAUUUGCACCGCAAGACGCUGACGCUGCCUCAGCUGCACUGUUAGAAAAAGCUCGCCAACAAUUACAAAUGUGGGGUCGAUCACCAUACACCGAACUUCUGCUACCCCAAAUGUAUCAACGGCCAAAUCUGAACGCACUCAAUCUUGGCCUGUGGCAAGGUCAAUGGCCGCCACAAUUGUCUGCCGGUUUUCUGCAAGCCGCAUCACAGAAUCGUACACCACCGCCUGUGUCAUCAACGCCAUCCAGUUCUGGAUCACCGUCGCCAGACAUACGAGCCAAAAGCUUUGCUCGAUUUAGUCCAUAUCAGAUGCCGCCGCAUCAUUCGCAAUCAUCACGAAGUCCGCCAAACAAUUAGCGUGUGAUGAUGAUGAUGAUGAUGCCGGGUGUAUGGUCAUUUAAUAAAAAAAACGAAAUGAAAUUAGGAAGAAACAAAAGUGUAAAUAUUUGUGGCUGUAACUGACUAUUAUAUUGGUAGAAUGAAACAUCAGAAAAAAAUGUUUUUUUUUUUAACAGAGCAAAAUUACUGAAGCAAUUAAAAUUGGUGGCAUUCAAUAACCCAGUGAAUAAAAAUAAUAUAAAUUAAGAAGAAGAACAAACCCGUGAGUGUUACAUAUAUAGUUAGUUUGGCUUGAAAAUGUAAUUAAUUAAACAAAAAAUAAAAGUGGAAAAGUAAGAAUCUUAAAACUAAGGAGAAACAAUAGAGUCGUCAGUAUUAUAAAAUUCGAUUUGUGAAUGUUGUAAAUAUUUUUUCUAAUUUAUUUAAACAAAACGAAAAAUUUAAUUUGAAUUUAUCGGGAGAAGAAACAUCUCCUUGAACAAUAAUAUUGUAUUGAGUUCAAUAAUUUUAAUAAAAAUUUUGUUUCCUACAUUUUUAUGCAAAUGUAUUUGUUUGAGCCUUGACUGUGACCGUAUUUUAUUUUUGAAAAAAAAAACCCUUUGAAUCUGUUGAUGUUUUUAAACACAAAUUAAAAAGAUUUCUGUACUAAAAUUAUGAUAAAUAAUAUAUAAAAUGAAACUGUAAUA